AUGCAAGGGACAUUAUUCAUCGUGCAGGCAUGGACUCUUGCAAGCCUGCCGGUAGACACUCAGACAAAAUUGGGUGAUACAUCUGGCCCCCUCUUUGAUGAUCCCACCACCUACAAAAGUCUUGCAGGUGCUCUUCAAUAUCUUACAUUCACUCGCCCGGAUAUCACCUAUACGGUUCAACAAGUAUGCAUGCACAUGCACUCUCCUGGUCUCGCUCAUUGGAAUGCUCUUAAACGUAUUCUACGAUACAUUCAAGGAACUGCUGACUUCGGGCUCCAUCUUCAUGCAUCAUCUUCUCUCUCCAUUCGUGCCUACACGGAUGCGGAUUGGGCCGGGUGCCCUGAUACUCGAAGAUCCACGUCUGGUUAUUGUGUUUAUUUAGGGGAUAACCUGGUUUCCUGGUCCUCUAAGCGCCAGUCUACCAUCUCCCGUUCUAGUGCUGAAGCCGAAUAUCGAGGGGUUGCCAACGUCGUAGCUGAAAUAUGUUGGCUCCUAAAUCUUCUUCUUGAACUUCGAUGGCCAUUGUUUAAGGCUUCUUUGAUCGAUAUUCCAAUUGAGAAAAUCUCUCUUGUGAAACACUUGUUGAAUUUGGAGAGUGGUGAUGGUCCUCGGUGUAUCUUUGGAUCCGGUGGAGUGUGCAAGCUAGUUGAGACAAAGGAUGGGCUAGUAGCGUGGUUGGUUAUGAUUGGGUCUGAUAUGACUAUCGGGUUGGAGCUUCAGCCAGCCUUUCAGGUACUUGAUGAGAAGUGGUGA